AUGAAGUUUCCCAUUUCUCUUGCACUUCUCUCUUGUCAGCUCGGAUGCGUCCUCGCUCUCCCAGCGCCCCAAAGCUCUGAAGGGACCAAGGAUGAGGUUGACAGACCACGAGAUCCCAUCGACCCACCAAGUGGCGUUGCUAUCCCCAAAGACCCCCUUGAAACCCCGAUUGUAACUUCAGUCGAGCUUAGCUUUGGAGACGGGGAGAUUAGCUUUGGCGAUAAGUUCCCCGCGGACAUACUUGAGACGCUCCGUGAGCAGUGUCAUGAUGGUGGCUGUGUUCCCGAUAAAGUCUACGAAGCGGAGUCCUUCUUCGCGAGCACGGGUGCUGCGGGCAGCCACAAAAUCAAGAUGAAAGUUCAAGGCUCGUUCAAUCCGCCUGGCCUCCCCGGCGAUAAGAACCAGAUGAUCGACGCCGCCAAAGCUGCCCUUGAAGGCCUCGUCGACAACGGUGCGUCCACCAGCCAUGUGGAGAAAUAUGUCGUCAAUCCAUGCCCUGCUUGGCAAGUCCACGGCUGCUUAGGAUCGUCAAUCAGUGAAACCACUCAGUGGAAGAGCACAAACUUUAUCACCGUCCGCAUCAAUGCAGCGGAUCACAGCAUGAUCAGCUUCAUGAGUGUUUCAUUCUCGGAGGAUGCAAACGCGGGCUUCUGCAACCUGAUGACAGUUGCUGGUGUUACUGCCGCUACUAUGUCUCCGCCAAUGGCUAUAGUUGGCAAUGGUGUUGUUGUUGGUGGCAUUCUCUGCGGUAACUACCAGUAG